UGAGUUCCUCCAUCUCCGCACCCUUCUUUCUCUAGCCAUCCAUGGCGAGUUUACAGUCGCUGCAUUCGCAAUUUCUCAAUUCCACAAGUAAAACCGACACACUCUACCCAACAAACCUUUCCGGGAACCGAUACCGUCGGAGAAUCUCACUUAUAGUGUGCGACAAAACUAAGAAUGACGAAGCCUGGAAAGAGAAGAAGGUUGGUGUCGUAGACUACGACAGUGGCCAUCACCGAGUAACUGUUCAAGUGAGCGGCCUCAGAAAGGAUGAUUUACAGAGACGCUAUAAACUUAAGGUAAGCAACGAUCGUUUCCAGAAAGACUGGGCGAUAAGCGAAGUAGUUCAAAAGAUUUUAGAGCUUCAGAAAUGGGAAGACAUAGAUGGAGUUCUCAAUCACUGGAUUGGACGAUUUUCCAGAAAGAAUUUCCCCGUUCUUAUUAAGGAAUUAGCUCAAUCAGGAUCAAUCGAACACAGCAAUCAUGUUUUCCGUUGGAUGAAGUUGCAGAAGAACUACUGUGCUCGAACUGAUAUCUAUAACAUGAUGAUCAGAUUGCAUUCAAGGCAUAAUCGAUCAGACGAGGCUCGUGGUUUGUUUUUUGAGAUGCAAGAAUGGAGGUGUAAACCUGAUGCUGAAACCUAUAACGCUCUCAUUCAUGCACAUGGUCGUGCAGGCCAAUGGCGAUGGGCGAUGAAUAUCAUGGAAGAUAUGCUACGCGCAGCUAUUCCUCCUAGUAGGACGACUUAUAACAAUUUGAUCAAUGCUUGUGGAUCAAGUGGAAAUUGGAAAGAGGCGUUAAAGGUUUCCAAGAAAAUGACAGAAAAUGGUGUUGGUCCAGAUCUCGUCACGCACAAUAUUAUUCUUUCUGCUUAUAAAACUGGAGGGGAAUAUUGGAAAGCAUUGUCUUAUUUUGAACUAAUGAAAGGAACUGGAAUUCGCCCAAACACUACAACCUUAAACAUUGUCAUUCAUUGUCUGUCGAAGCUUGGAAAGUAUUCGGAAGCUGUGGAUAUUUUCAAUUCAAUGAGGGAGAAGAGAUCAGAGUCUGUUCCUGAUGUUGUAACAUUCACUAGCAUUAUCCAUUUGUAUUCGAUUUCCGGUCAGUUGGAGAAUUGCAAGGCGGUUUUCAAUACCAUGCUUGGAGAAGGAAUGAAACCGAAUACUAUUACUUAUAAUUCCUUGAUUGGUGCAUAUGCUUCACAUGGAAUGAGUAAAGAGGCUCUUUCUGUUUUUAAUGAGAUUAAACAGAAUGGAUUUCAUCCUGAUAUAGUAUCCUAUACAUCUUUACUCAAUGCUUAUGGAAGAUCAAAGCAACCUAGGAAGGCCCGAGAAAUAUUUGAUCUUAUUAGACAAAGUAACUGUAAGGCCAAUGUGGUGACUUACAAUGCACUGAUCGAUGCAUACGCGUCUAAUGGUUUUAUUUCUGAAGGUGUCGAAGUUUUGUGGGAGAUGGAACAAAAUGGCAUACAGCCUAAUGUUGUCUCAGUUUGUACACUCUUGGCUGCCUGUGGCCGUUCUAGACAAAAGGUUAAGAUUGAUUCGAUUCUUUCAGCUGCUGAAUCACGAGGGAUUCAGUUGAAUACCGUUGCUUAUAAUUCUGCUAUUGGGAGUUACAUGAAUGUUGGUGAGUAUGAGAAAGCCAUCGAUUUGUAUCGAUCGAUGAAGAAAAAGGUGAAACCGGAUUCUGUCACUUUUAAUGCUCUCAUUAGUGGUUGCUCGAAGAUGUCAAUGCAUAAAGAAGCCCUUGAUUUUUUUGGGGAAAUGAGGGAUUUAGGAAUUCCUUUAUCCAAGGAAGUUUAUUCAUCUGUUAUAUGUGCCUACAGCAACCAGGGUCGACUCACAGAAGCUGAAUCUAUGUUUGAUAAGAUGAAGACAGAGGAGGGUUGCUCGCCUGAUAUUGUUACAUAUACCACAAUGAUACACGCCUAUGGUCUUGCGGAUAGUUGGGAAAAAGCAUCAGCACUGUGUGAAGAGAUGGAAAGGAACGGAAUUCAGCUAGAUUCAGUAGCUUGUUCUGCUUUGAUGAGAACUUUUAAUAAAGGAAGCCAGCCACUGAAAGUGAUAACUCUAGCAAAGUAUAUGAAAAACAAGGAAAUUCCCUUCUGUGAUGCUGUAUUAUUUGAAAUGAUAUCAGCCUGUAGCAUAUCGAGGGAUUGGAAGACAACAUUGGAUCUGAUUAAAAUGAUUGAACCUUCACUUCCAAACAUGUCAGUAGGACUUCUGAAUCAUCUUCUGCUUUUCAUUGGAAAAUCAGGCAAGAUCGAAACAAUGAUGAAGUUGUUCUACAAGAUGGUAGCGGCAGGUGGUGCAGAAAUCAACUUCUCCACUUAUUCUGUUGUGUUGAGGAACCUUUUGGCUACUGGACAUUCGAGGAAAUAUGUUGAGGUUCUGCAAUGGAUGGAAGAUGCAGGAAUUCAACCUUCAGUUGGAAUGUACCAGAGUAUACUUUCUUUUGCACAGAAAAACAGUGUGUCCGAUUGUGCUGCUCUGAUACAACAAAAAUUAGAAUCCAUAAACACGAAAAACCAGAAGCAAAUCUCAGGAAAGGACCUUCAUAGCACUCUGCUUCUAGAUCCCAUGGAUUCAAAUAUGAAGUCUGCUUAGACAAAAUUGGUGAUCCUUUCGGUUCAACUGAUGAUUAUUAGGCCAUAAAUAAAGCUUGGAGUUUUUAUUUAUUUUCCUUGCUGAAAACAUGGAUUGAUCUUAGAAAAAAGAGCAACAUAAUCUUAUUACAGAUUCAACCUUUUGAGAAGAAGAAAAAACGCAUUCAUGAUGUUUGUAAACUCUAAACCAGUUUAGAUGGUUUUUUCGGGGUUUAUUCUUCGGGAAAGCUUCUCCAUUUAAACAGUUUAGAGUGUGAAUCGAAUAUGAGAUUUUUGUUCUCUUACCUAAUAUCGGUAUAGCAUUCUUUUGUAGGUAGCUUUCUUCUUCAUAAGUUCAUCAAAAUUCAAGACUUAAUUGAGUAAAUUAAAUGUAUAUAUAUUUAUCCAGUAAAGAUAUAACCUUUUCUC